CCAAAACUACCUGUGAGCAUGACGAGGCCCAGCAGAGUGAGCGAAGCUCUUGCAGGUGUCUCCAGCAGCCCUGAAGAGGUGGUGAAAAGGUACUUCCAGGAGCUGAAAACGCCCCCUGCUGAUGAGGACUGCAUCAUUUGCAUGGAAAAACUGACCACCCCUUCAGGCUACAGCGAUGCAUGCGACUGCAAGACAAUCAAGCCCAAGAGCGUGGGGAGACUGGCCAGGUGUGGCCAUGCUUUCCACCUGCUUUGCGUGCUAGCCAUGUACACCAGUGGGAACAAGGACGGCAGCCUCCAGUGCCCAUCUUGUAAAGCCAUCUACGGCGAGAAGACGGGCACUCAGCCCAGCGGGAGGAUGGGUUCUAAACUCCCAGACUCCCUUCCGGGCAACGAGGACUGUGGUUCGAUACAGAUUAAGCGCAUCACAUCAGCAGCGCAUUCAGGGGUCGAGCAUCCAAACCCGGCAUGCCGCAUAAUGUUAGGGCUUCCACGUUGCUACCUGUCGGAUAACCAAAAGGAAAAGGUGCUGGAGUCCUCCAGGUGGCUUGAAGAGGCUCUUCCGAUCUUCGCUACCAUCGCGCCCAGCACGACGGGAGAGAGCAACACUGUGGUGUGGAACGAGAUCCACCACAAGACAGAGAUGUCCUCCAACGCCUCAGGCCACGGCUACCCGGACCCCAACUACCUGGACAACGUGCUGGCUGAGCUUGCGGCUCAGGGAGUCACAGAGGACUGUUUGAGAUCCUGAACGUGCCCAGGCCCUGAUCUUGGAAGUGGCCAGUGACAGAUGCCGGAGCCUGUGUUCUCCUGGACCCGCGGGUUCUCAUCUCAAGGGUCCCUCCUGUCACUCUCGUUGCCUUAACUUUGUUUGCCCUUUUCUGAGCAAUAACACUGUCUCUGGGAUCAUCCCGCCUGGUUGUUGAGAAGGAGGGGUGUGUGUGUGUGUGUGUGUGUGUGUGUGUGUGUGUGUGUGUACACAUAUAAGAAUCUUUUUUUCUAUCUUUUUAAGGGCUCCUGCUUCUCACCCAUCUUGAAUGUACAUGAUGAAGCGUCCUCCCUCCUAUUGGAGGACAGCAU